UCUGUUCACACAAACUUGAUAAUGCCUCGUUGUUCUCAAAGUCGCAACGAUAAUGGUACGGUAAUUCGUAGCAAUUAUGAAAUUACUGUGCUUAAUGUUUGUGACACUUUGCCCUAUAUAUGGAGAAGUAUUGCAAAGCAUACCAGCGCACUUACUCCCAUGUUACCGCCGAGGAGGACCCAAAAUCGGGACGCCCAAACGUCUGGAUGUAUUCCUUAGUUUAGUGAGACGACUGGAACUGGAUAGUCGACUUGAUUUGAGACUUUUCAGCACAUCAUUAUUAAGAAGUUUACGCCUCGAUGGUAUAGAAAAUGCAGCUAAUACACCCGAAACAGAAUUUCUAAUACCAUACAGAGCUUCUGCCUUCCAAUUUCACAAGUACAAAAUGUUGAUGGAUCUAUUUCUACCAACUCAAGACCUUAUUGAUGUGAAUGAAAUGUUAACAUUGCACGAAAAAUGCUUGUUGCAUUCUAUGCUUAGCUGUUCAAUCCAUCCAUGGGAAAGAGGAGAUGAAAACAUAGUCUGCCCACUAUCAGCGGAACAGCGACAAAGUUUAAGUACAGAAAGCACAAAUAGGUUAUAUAGCAGGUGUCCAAUAGAAGUCGGCGUUAUUCAAACUCCUUGGGGUAGCAUCACUCCUGGUACUAUCGUAGCUGCUGUCGCCUCAUCUAUGGAGAACCAAAAAGUGCUAGUUACAGACAUAUUGCAAACUGAAUUGUUUAAAGAAGAUAUACCAUACACAUUGCUUGAUAUGGCGCUUGAGGAAUGGGAUUCGAAAUUAGAAAAACUCGAAUUUGAUGAUCUUGGAACUGAUGUUUCUGAUAUAAGCAAUGUGUGGGUUGCUACUUUGGCCGGUGAUUUAGCAGAAGUAGUAGUUAAUCAAGGAGCCAGAUUCGGGGCUUCACCACAAAGAAUGGUAAUUGGUUCUAGUAAUAAAUGGAAUGAUACUUUAUUACCAAGGGACUAUUAUUUGUUUAUGCAAAAUGCAUCCUCUACGGAUUGGCAUAUGACUGAUGCAGAAAUUCUCGCGGGUAUUGACGGAUUAAUACUAUUGCAAUACGUACCAAUAUGGGUAGAACAGCGUAGAACACUACGGUUAUCGCAAAUAAUAGAGAUGUACUAUUCUAAUGAGGGUGUAUCGUUUGACCCGAAAGUUCGCGCUUGCAACAGACAGGCUUUGUUCUCGAGUAUCGUUACUAAAGAAGAGCUAUUUAGGGAAACUUCUAGACUAGCUCAUAUAUUAUCGUUACGUCAGAUCACAGUGUAUAUUCCGGUGGACGAAAUGAAUCGGAUCACUGAGGCAGCGGUCACAGUAUUUAUGGAUUAUGUAUCUUCCUUAUUAAGACAGAAUCAUGUUGAAUGCGUAGCCAGCAAAAGCGUACCAACAAUGGACUUGAUAUUAGCUACCGAUGGCUCCUGGAAUGGGUAUCAGGUGGAACAAUUCGUGUCAUGGAUUGGUAGUGCUUUAGAGAUUAAUAUGCAGAAAAGUAGUAUAUCAUUACUUCACGGAAACACGGGCCGCUGGAUUGUUCCGAGAAUGAAGAAUUUGACCGGAUUAUUUACAGCGAUCGCUAACUACACUAAUGAAUGGCCGAACCGUCUUAACUUACCAAACGUGGUAUCAACCGUAUUACAAGACGCUCGUAAUACAACAAUACAAGACAUCUCGGACAAGCGUAGUGCUGGUCCUAGUACAGUUGUCUUGAUAAUUACUCCCACAGACAGACUUACUUCCGAAGAAUUGGAAAGAACUCGAGGAAUCAUGAGUAGUUUACGAGCGAGUUUUUUUGACGUAUACUUUGCGUACGCUGCGCGGGAUACGACACAAUUGAAGAAUAUCAACAAUGAAUAUAUGGAUUAUUCGGAACUAUUUUUGACGGUGUCAUCUACGUCAGUUAGCGAUGUUAUUUCCGCAGUUAACACAUAUUUAGUAAAAAACGAAAUACCAUCAAGAAUUGUUAGUACUCAGUGUCCUUUCAAUGGCACCGAUUACGUACAAAUUCCGUAUGAAGACAACGUUUUGCCUGCGCGUGAGCAACCUUAUAGAAUUCAUCCUUUCUAUUUGAGAGAGCAGAACCUAAUACAAAUACAGUUUCGUAACGAUGGACAAGGUCGAAUCCUGGUUUGUAUGUGGCGCGGUGCAGAAACAUCGCAUACUUGCCAAUCUUUGAAUGAAAGGGAGACCCACACAUUCAAUUUGACGACGCCCUGCCCAUCGCCGAACUUCUGUCCACCAGCCAACUUUAUGGUUACAGCUUUGUCUACGCAGAACUUAUGUGCACACGUUGACUGCCGCCUCCCGCACCAAGUGGGUUACUACAUACAGCAUUCUGGUUUGCGAUGUCUGCCGUUGCUGGGAACCGCGGCCCGGUCGGCGCCUAUUUGGAAAGUUCUUUGGCUUUCUCUCGUGAUCUCAUUAGUGUAUUAAAUAAAAUAAAUUUUCAGAA